AUGGAGCCCGAGGUCUCGGAGCCCCAGCAGUUCUGGAAUGAACUCCAAGAGAUUGUCUCCAAGCCUUGUGACUCGGAGGAUUCGAUUGAUGACGCUCUUAGAGCGUAUCUGAGCUUGACGACGCAGUACAAAGAUGACUUUCUCUCUUCUGAAUAUGACAUCUCGCGCUGCUCGUAUAAGCUCUUCGCAUCGACUAUCUUCGGGGCUCAUGCGGACUAUGUCCGCCGACAGAUUGUCUACUGUCUCCUGCAGGAAGAUGAUCUGAAUACACUACACUUCAUCGCAUCGUUCCUGCUCUUCGACGGUCGGCAGAAUGAAGCGGCUCUACAGAUGAUGAAUGAGGAGGGCGUGUUUGCGCGCCUCCUCGAGCUGAUUCAGUCGCUGCGUAGGGACGAUACGGAUGGCGGGGCGGGUCUCCACCAGUUGCUCAUGGACUUGUUAUAUGAGAUGUCGCGGAUUCAAAGGAUCAAGAUUGAAGAUUUGGUGCUUGUAGAUGAUGAUUUUAUCCGGUGUCUUUUCGACAUUAUUGAGGAUUUGUCCUACGAUGUCACGGAUCCGUACCAUUAUCCUGUGAUCCGAGUGCUGCUGGUUCUCAACGAGCAGUUUAUGAUUUCGGCUCACGAUCCGGUCGAUGAGCGGUCGUCUUCUAGUCAUUUGACCAAUAAGGUGAUCAAGGUUCUCUCGGUCUAUGGAAGUUUGUACAAGACCUUUGGCGAGAACAUUAUUUUGCUUAUCAACCGUGAAGCCGAGACAUCUCUACAGCUGCUUACCUUGAAGCUGCUCUAUCUGAUCUUUACCACCCCAAGCACAUAUGAAUACUUUUUCACCAAUGAUCUGCACGUUUUAGUGGAUAUCUUGAUCCGCAACCUCCUCGACUUACCCGAGGAGGCAUCUGCACUGCGACAUACUUAUCUUCGUGUUUUGUACCCGCUACUGGCACAUACCCAGCUACGACUUCCACCACACUAUAAGCGGGAUGAGCUGAGGAGAUUGCUCAGUAUUCUCGUCCGAGGACAAGUCUCAUAUGGAAACGAGACCGAGCAAGAGAAGAUCAUCCACUUUGAAGAGGUCGACGAAACUACACGGCGACUCGUGGGCAGGUGUGCAACAGUAGAUUGGCUACGCGAACAUCAGGACAUCACUACUCCAGUCCAGGAGAUUCCCACUCAGAUUGUCACUGCCACAAUCGACACAGUCCUUGAUGAGGGUAUCCAACAAGACUCGCCAAUUGAUAUGGAUCCCAUCGAUGUUACUCGUACCCUCUCCCACAUGAGUACCAUCCCCGAUUCACCCGGCACGACAUCACCAACGAGAAUGGACUCGUUAGACUCGCGUGGCUCAUCCGAAGCACCCGAGUCGCGGCGGAAACUAAGUGCAAUCCACCGACUAGGCAUGCAACUCGAGCCUGCAUCCGCAUCAUCACUCAGCGUGCAAGCCGUCGCCGCGCAGCAUGAAAAGCCCGGCGUCAUCACACCCAGCCGCAACGACGGUCGUACCAUCGACCUCGUCGGGGAAGCUCCCACCCUCCGCGCCCCCAAGAUCAAGCCUGAACCGCCCAAAUCCCGGCGCUGGCGUGGUCGUCGCCUCGCCGUUGACGAGGACGACCAACACUCCACCGGCACUAGUAGUGACCGCAAUACCAUCCCCGAAGGAGUCGAAAUCAGCCCGACAUCAACACAUACAGCGCCCACGCCAACCCCGACAACCCCCUCCUCUACUAUCAACGCUACUGCAACAGGCACAACCACAGACCGGCGUAACUCUACCACCACUUCCCAUCUCAUACCACCAGGACACCCACGCCGCUCCGCCUCAAAUCCACCACCAGCCCUCCCCCCACCCCGUCGUUCAACCCAAACAACUCCAUCAACAAGCCACCACCGGCCCGCACCAGCCUCAACAGGCCCAAGUCCUACUCCAAGCACUUGCACAAGUAUCAGCAUCAACAAGCACGGCCAGAAACCCGCGCCGCCUAAAACACGCCGCUGGGGCCGGGGUAAGGCUCAAGCGCAUGCACACACGGACUCUGUCGAGAGCGGAGUUAGUACCGGGUCGCAGGCGAAGGAAAGUGACUCGGAGGCUGUGGCGUUAGCUGUGAGUGGCACGGCUGAUGCGCAGGCUGGCGAGGAUGGCGGAAUGUUGCCUGAUCCGUUUUCGCCGACGAGUCCGGUUAGUCCGACGUUGCUUGUGUCGACUGCGGAUGAGAAGGGGGCUGCACAGCCGGUUAGUGUUGAGGAGGCGGUGCAGAAUGUUUCGCUGCAUUGA